CCCAAACGAUGGGUUGGUGCUGCUCAGGCAUAUGCCGAGCCCUGGCUCCUCUGGUGCUCCUGUUUGUCUUGAGGGAGAGAAGCUGCUGCUGCUGCUGGGGGCUGAAGCGCAGCUCUGGGGAUCUGGAGAAGUCCCUGCACUCUGAUCCGAACCCCUGGGACGUCCUGCAGAGGCACAAACGCAGCUGGGUAUGGAACCAGUUCUUCGUAUUGGAGGAGUUCACGGGAAACGAACCGCUCUACGUCGGCAAGCUGCACUCUGAUGUGGACAAAGGAGAUGGCAAGGUGAAGUAUGUAUUAACUGGAGAGGGCGCCACAUCCAUCUUUACCAUUGAUGAAAACACCGGAGACAUUCAUGCCACGAAGCGCCUGGAUCGGGAGGCUCAGGCUUAUUACACCCUCCAAGCUCAAGCUUUAGACCGACUAACCAACUUACCGGUGGAGCCGAGGUCUGAGUUUGUGGUCAAAGUGCAGGACAUCAAUGAUAAUGAACCCAAGUUUCUUGACGGGCCGUACAUGGCAGGCGUACCAGAGAUGUCACCUUUAGGAACCACGGUAGUGCAAGUGGCAGCCACAGACGCAGAUGACCCAACAUAUGGGAACAGCGCCCGGGUGGUCUACAGUGUCAUUCACGGACAGCCAUACUUCUCAGUAGAGCCAAAGACAGGUGUCAUCAGAACAGCUUUGACCAACAUGGACCGGGAGACGAGAGACCAGUAUGUGCUAGUCAUUCAGGCCAAAGAUAUGGUGGGCCAAAUGGGCGGACUUUCCGGUACCACCUCUGUCACAGUCACGCUUACUGAUGUCAACGAUAACCCACCACAAUUCACACACAAGAGCUAUCAGUACACAGUGUUGGAGUCGCUGCCGGUCCAGUCCGUGGUGGCCAGGAUCAAAGCAGCAGAUGCUGACAUAGGCUCCAAUGCAGAGAUGGACUACAGAAUUAUGGAUGGUGAUGGGCCUGGCAUGUUCAACAUAACAACAGAUGAAAACACGCAAGAGGGGGUUAUUAUCCUGCAAAAGUCACUAGAUUUCGAGACAAAAAGCGGCUUUGCUCUGAGAAUUGAAGCUACGAACAGGAAUAUUGACUCCAACUUCUUGAGCUUGGGCCCAUUUAGCGACACAACAUCAGUCAAGGUGACAGUGGAAGAUGUGAACGAGCCACCCAUCUUCUCUGUGCGGCUUAACAAGAUGGUUGUUUCAGAAGAUGCCAGAGUGGGUACCUCAAUUGGAAGAGUAUCUGCUCAUGACCCAGAUACCUCCCACAGUUCAAUCAGAUACUCCAUUGACAGGAACACAGACUUGGAGCGUUUCUUUAAUGUGGACGCACUGAGUGGGGUCAUCAGCACCGCCAAGCCUCUGGACCGGGAAGCCAACUCUGUUCAUAAUCUCACCGUCUUCGCUAUCGAGAGCCAGGAUCCGACUCAAAUUGGUAAAGGCGUCGCUCUGAUCACAGUGCUGGACAUAAAUGACAAUGCUCCGAUUUUUGCCAAAGACUACGAAACUACCCUGUGUGAAAAUGCCAUGCCUGGACAGGUGCUUCAAACGAUCAGUGCGGUGGAUAAAGAUGAACCUUUGAGCGGGCAUCGCUUUUAUUUUGCCCUGGAUGCACCUGUCGCAAGCAACCUCAACUUCACACUGCGGGAUAACAAAGACAACACAGCAUCCAUACUGACAAAGAGAGGCGGCUUCAGGAGACGCGAGCAGGCGGUGUAUCAACUGCCUGUGUUGAUUACGGACAGUGGAAGUCCUUCCCUCAGCAGCACAAACACACUGUCAGUGCGUGUGUGUGAGUGCGACUCCAACGGCGAGGCCUUUUCAUGUGGAGCGGUGGCCUACACGGCGACUGGUCUGAGCACUGGUGCCCUCCUGGCUACAUUGGGCUGCAUCAUCACACUUCUGGUGAUGGUUUUGCUAAUUGUGACAAUGCGCCGGAGAAGGAAGCAGCCCCUCAUUCUUGAGGAGGAGAGGGACAUCAGAGAGAACAUUGUUCGUUACGAUGAUGAGGGAGGGGGAGAGGAGGACACAGAGGCCUUCGACAUGGUCACGCUACGCAACCUCAACAUCGUCAGAGACCCCAACGUGCGUCGAGAUGUAACACCAGAUACGCCCACCUACUUCCAUUACACCUCAGCUUCCCACCCGCCUUACAAGUCCCUGCCAGAUAACGUGGUGUUUCGGGAGUUUAUUUGGGAGCGACUGAAGGAUGCUGACGUGGACCCGACAGCUCCCCCUUAUGACUCUCUGCAGACGUAUGCUUUUGAAGGAAGUGGUUCCGUGGCUGAUUCGCUAAGUUCACUGGAGUCAUUAAGUACAGACUCGGAUCAGAACUAUGACUAUCUCAGCAACUGGGGUCCACGCUUUAAGAAGCUGGCUGAUCUGUACGGCAACAGUGACAGCGGCAGCGUCUUCUCAUAG